AUGGUAUAUCUGGAACCGGUGGACUUCGACCAGCCGACUCAGCAGCACCCGGUGGAUGUUGGAAAAUGUCUGAAGCAGAACAACGUCACUGGGUACCAAGACAUACAAGCGAUCGGGAAAUUCCGGUAUAGAGUGACAUUCCCGUCAGACCAGGAAGCCAGGAAACUCGCAGAGAUAUCGUUACAGAACCACAACCUGAAGUGCUAUGUGCCGGUGAUGCUGAAACAAACGGUGGGACUGAUCAAAGGAGUGCCAUUUAAAUACGAGGACAGGGAACUAUUGGAGGAGCUCGAAGCAGAAGUACCCAUCAUCAAAGUAGAAAGGGUUUUAAAAAUGGACAGCGAAAAAAAUUUGACCAAGACAAAGAACGUAAGACUAACAUUCAAGGGGAAGGAAUUGCCAAAAACUGUUGCAAUCUACGGAUACAGAUUCGAAGUGGAGCUCUACCUGUUCCCUAUUAAACAGUGCCAAAACUGUUGGGGAUACGGCCACAAAGCUAGUAACUGUAAAAGGACAAAGAAAUGCAACUUGUGUGGUAUCCAGCACGACACCAGCGAAGAACAAUGCCGUACAAAAUGCAUAAACUGUCGCGGGAACCACGCGGCAAACAGUAAAGAUUGUCCCGAAAGGCACAAGCAGAGACUGAUCGCACAGAAAAUGCAGCGGGAAAAGGUGUCCUACAAGGAGGCAAGAAGCAGCUUCUUGCAGAAUAGGUUCCAAUUACUGGAGGAAUUUCCGGGACUGCAGGCGGAAGACAAUAGGUCGGUAGCAGAGACGAGCACCACGACAAGACGAGCAUGGAGACCUAAACGAGAUCAAACAAACAGACGAAACAACAACAAACCAAAAUCAAGCAAGGAGGCAGAAGGACAAAGCAGGACGGAACGGAGCGGACUGGAAGAAAACCCGUGCAAAUCAACGAAGCGGGAAAAUUUCAUGCGGGAUAUUAGGGCUUUCUGGAGGAACGUAGGUUUGGUAGGGAAGCUGAAGAAGUUGCAGGACGCUAUAAGGGAAGAUGUAUAUAACAAGCAAUCAGACAGGAGCUACGAAGAACUAAUAAUAAGAACGAGCACAGUAAUUGAAGAUAUCAUCACAGAAUUUGUAAACAACAUGGCUACAGACGAAGAAAAUAGCAGGAAGUCAACAGAAGAGGACAGCCAAGACAAUGGAGAAUAA